UAUGUGGUUUCUUUGUCUACAUUGGACUCUUGCAAACUCAAGUUCAGAAGAAAACCUAAAGGAAUUAGACUUUAGAUCAAAACGGCAAAUCAACACAUUACCUUUAAUCUACCCGUAUGGAGCAACUUAUAAGCUCAUCACCGGCUUCACAGCCCCAAUAAAGAACGACGACAAGGUGCCCCUCAUCUUCCUCUUCAACUUCCAGUACCAGUACUUGCAGUUCUCGAACAUCACCCAGCUGUCGCAGUACUACGUCAUCAACACGGUGUCGAGGGAGCAGCGAGACGCCGAUGUGGCGGGAAGGAAGGAUGAGAGGAUUGUGUUUUAUAGAUCUGUGACUGAGAUGAUGGACUCGAAGGGUUUAAACGGCCGAGAAUGUGUUCUUCGUGCGAUUUGCGAAGCGGCGCAGUUCCCUGUGGAAGAGGAGGGCUUCGUUGGGGAGCUCUUACACGUGUUAUUAACGCCAGACUACGGUAAAUCUCCGUUUGGAGACUUGGAUGAAGACCUGAAGGAGGCCAUGGCACCAUACGUGGAUGCUGCAGUGGCCGGGCGGCAGAUGUUCAGCUGUUCCUAUAUCUAUGGAGGCUGUCCUGAGGGUCAGGGGAUCUUGGAGUUUAUCUCACAGUUGAGGGACGAGUAG